UCUGUAAUGUGACGAGCCAAUGAUAUUACCGCACACACUUGUCACGCAGAAGAGCUUGAAGAGACGCUGUCAAAUGACUGGCGUGUUUAUAUUUCAUUUGUUUACAAGAUCGCGAAUUAUGUUAUGGACGCUUUUGUAGUUUGAGUGUGUAGCAAAUGUCUGUAUGACCUUUCUAGUCGGAAACCACAACAGUAUUUUUCAUGUUGUCAUCAUCGCGGCCAUCACACGUCUUUGUCUGCGGAAGUAGUUUUGUUCUCCAGUGUCCCAGUUAAGAUAAUAACGUUUAUUUUUACUUGAAUGGACCGUGAAUUGAAAGGUAUGACGAACUCUUUUAUCAUUAUUAUACGUUAUAGCGUGCCAAGAAUGAAUGCACCCUGUUUGUAAUAGACUGUCCCAGGGUCAGUGACCGAGCACAUGCCAGUCAGUAUGUUUGGAUUUGGACGCCUCUCCGCAGAGGGGAAAAUCGGAAUCGCGUCGGGAGUUGUUUUUUUCUCAAUGCUCAUGUCCAGAACAUUAAUUUCGGAGCGGGUUGACAUAGGCACGCGCGCUUCGCUGUUUCGUGUUCAGUUUCUCCUCUUCAUCAACUCCCUGCUACUCCUCGGCUCGCUCUACAUCUGGAAACGCGUGGGGAGGCGACUGUGCGGAACCAGAGGUGCUCCUUCUGUCCCGCAGAGAUGUUGGCGUCUUCUUGUCCUGCUCUUUCUCACUCUCGUGCACGGGAGUUACCUAUGCAUGUUUUUCCUCGUGGAUACUGAGCCACACUGGUUUUCAAUUUUGAGUUUUUCCUGUUUGGGGAUUUAUGUCAUCCUACUGUUCUUCCUGUUUGUUUUUGGCUGCCUAAACCGCCUUCGCAGGCUUCUCUCCCGCAGGCGAGGUGAAGAGGAUGCGGUCGCGAGCGCAUCAGCCAGCCAGACAGUGUUGGCAUUGAUAGUAACAGCAAUACUGGCAGUGUAUGGGUUGGUAAAUGCAGCCCAACCUCCACGAGUAAUUGAGGUGGAGAUACCAGUAGAGAAGCUGCCCGAGUCUUUGAACGGGCUCAGGUUGGUGCUUCUGUCCGACAUACAUCUUGGACCUACAGUAGGCCGCUCCAAACUGCAGCGCAUUGUGACUAUGGUGAAUGAGCUGAACCCAGAUGUAGUGGUGAUUGUCGGUGAUCUGACUGACUCUCAGGUAACUCGAUUAAGGAGCGCUGCAGAACCACUGGGACAGAUGAGAGCUCGGCUGGGCUCCUAUUUUGCUACAGGCAAUCAUGACUAUUACACUGCUGAUGUUGAAGGCUGGUUUGAGCUCUUGCGCUCAAUGGGGAUUGAGUCUCUUCACAACAGCAAUGUGAAAGUGUUCCGCCCAGAACGGACUCAAGACUGGAUUUGCCUUGCCGGCAUUGAUGACCUCGAGGCCCGCAUGUUACGAUACCCAGGCCAUGGCAUGGAUGUUGAGAAAGCUCUUAGUGGCUGCAGUGCAGAGAGCCCUAUUAUUCUUCUUGCUCAUCAGCCUCAUGCUGCCAAACAGGCCCUCCAGCAACGGCCAGACAUCAGCCUGGUACUCUCAGGUCACACACACGCUGGUCAGCUGUUCCCCCUCACCAUCCUGGCAUUCCUGAUGAAUCCAUUUUUCUGUGGACUCUACCGUGUCUCUGAACACACCAUGGUCUACGUGACCUCUGGAACCGGUUAUUAUGGCAUUCCAAUGAGAAUUGCAAGCCGUUCAGAAAUCACAAACAUUAUACUGAAACGUGCUUGAGAGCACUCACACAGUGCAGGAAUCAAACACAUUCUCAACUAUACAUAUUCAUUACCUCAUAAUCCAGCAUGCUGUCACACAAUUAAACAUGCAUUGCAUAACAAUGUAUGUA